AUGAAGGCGCUUUUGGUCGCCGCUGCCGCUUUGCUAGCACCUCUAGCUACUGCCACGGAGAGACCACCUCUCCCUUCCUGCCCAUCCGGCAACUUCACUCCUUUUAUUAGCAAAGGCUGCUACUCUGAUGAUGCCUCAAAAGCACUGGACUUCCGCUCCCCCUCGAGCCAAUAUAGCAUGACUGUUGAGCAGUGUACUGCUGAGUGCAAGGGUAGGCAAACUCUUUGAGACCAUGGUUCCCAGAACACAACUGACUAGAAAUAGGUAACGGCUAUCGAUAUGCUGGUCUCAAGUACUACGGCGUUUGCUACUGCGGCUCUUCGUUAAGUGCUGCGAAAGUUGACGACUCCCAGUGCUCAUUGGCUUGCAGUGGUGACGAGAAGGAGGUCUGUGGAGGGAACACCCAACUCUCUGUUUGGGAGGAUCCUACCUUUGCGAAAUGCGGCAGCGAUAUCACAAUCAACGAUUAUGAAUCUUUGGGUUGCCACGAUGAUGAUGGCUCUUCUGAGGGACGUGCUCUUAAUCACAAGCUGGACUUGGAUGCGAGCGCGUUUACCAUAAAGCUUUGCCUUGACGGAUGUAGGGUCCGAGGAUAUGCCUAUGCUGGUACCGAGAACGGCAGUAAGUUGAUACAAUCUUCAUUGUCUUCCUCGGAACUAUGCCUCAGACGCGCGAGAAACUGACAAUCUUGAAUAGACGAGUGUUGGUGUGGUACCAAUGUAGGAAGCAAGAACAUCAAGGUUGACGAUGCGAAAUGCGACAUGCCCUGCCAAGGUAGUCCAUCUGGCAACUGCGGUGGUAAAUCUGUUAUUGACCUCUAUCACGCCAAAAAGCUCGAGUCUGGUGAACCAUGCUCUGGGGUAGUUACUCAAGCGCCUGCACCAAGUUCCACUGCAACAAGAACAAGGACAAGAAGGUGCUCUAGAAGACCAUUGACAAGCACUUCGCCCGCCCAGAACUCUCUAUCAACCCCAGCUACAACCCCAUUCCAGGAGUCUAGCACUCCCAUUCCCUCUGCAACUUCCCAGGAGUCCGGUACUCCUCUGCCAUCCAUGACUUCGUCUGAGGGGACUAGUACUGCCCAGCCGUCUACCCCAUCAUCUCAAGCAGCGAGCACACCCGUCGCCUCUCCAUCUACAUCACAGCAGGAGUCUUCUACCACACCUCAAGCCUCUGCCACCUCUCUAGCAUCAACCACCCCUCAACCUUCCGCCACGAUUGACUCGUCUAGCACCCCGGCAGGCACUGAAGCUCAGGGCACAUCGUCUUCUGCUCUCUCGACACCUGUGUCUUCGACAUCCGAAGCUUCCACAACUCCUACUUCCCCUGGCUCGAGCCCUUCCACGACUGGACCUUGCACUGGUGACGUCGGCUCUUGCUCUGGAUCAACUCCCGUAGCCUCAUCUUCCACCAUUACGCCUUCAGGAGUGUCUACCACGGAACCAUGCACUGAUAAUGUUUCUUCCUCGACCCUUGCUGCAUCUACAACACCGCAGGGUAGUUCUACUGCUGGAUCUUCGACGCCUGGUGCAUCCAUUCCAAGCACUUCCACCGCGGUGACAUCAACUGCUGGCACAUCUACUCCGGUCCCAUCGACUACCCAGAUCUCUAGCACUGAGCCUUGCUCCGAUAGUGUCUCAAGCACUGUUACACCUUCAUCAUCGAGCUCUGUCGUGUCAACUACCUCCACAUUGGCCACCUCAACUCCAAGUUCGCAGCUGUCUAGCUCCACUGCCCCAUCCACUUCCCCCAGCUCUACUACCGUGCCAAGCACUACUGCUGGAGCCGGCUCAACCAGCAGUCCUGGUACCACUACCGUUCCGACCACGACACAGAGGCCGAGCACCACCUCUACUCAGCCCAUGUGCACGGCCACUCAUACGCAGCCCGCCACUUGUGAGUUCAAGUGCGGUAAUUGGUGUGCUCCUGCUCUCCCUGGCUGGAAGGACAAGAGCAGCUGUCUCAACGCCGCCAAGACCUGCUCCCUUCAGAUUGCUUCUUGCUUCAAGACAGCUGGAUGGCCCAAGGCUAUUGAAUGCUUCGACUUCUCGAAGUGGUGCGGGCAAGUCGAGGAGUACUGCCACAGCGACUGCCCCUCAGGCAACUGCGGAAAGACAGACUGCUGGAACAAGCGCAAGCCGACAGGCUCCAACGGGACACCUCCUACCGUCAGCACCACAGUCUACCCCUGCCCGGCCACGUCUACAUUGGCUACCAGUGUGGCCAGGCCCAGCACGACCUCUCACUGUGCUCCUACCCCAACUAAUAUCUGCAAGCAGCCUACCAACACCGACUGGGGAUAUGGACCUGGAAAGCCCGUGGCCGGAGUGCCUCUGCCCGUCGUUGGCUGCAACGACAACAAGAAGGACUGGAAGUCCAACCCCUUCAAGUUCUACAACCACCCUGAUAGCCGCAGCUGCCAGUCCUUCACAUGGAACCAGCGUCCCAAUGUCUGUGCAGAUGCCUGCCAGGAGCAGUACGAGGACUGCGUUGAUACAUACGUCCAGAGCUGCAACGAUCAGUCGUGGAGGAGCGGAAGCAAGUACCACAAACGUACCAAUGACAACGGUGGAUGUGCGGCCUCCAACACUGGCAGCGAGUGGCGGAAAUCCGGCUGCGACAAGGUUCACUGCUGGGGCCAGGGCGGAAAUGAUGGCAACACGGCCCAGAAGCGAUGCAAAGCACAGUACCAGGACUGCCUGGCUGUCAAUAAGAACGUGCAGCCGAGCGACCAGUGCCAAUCUUGGUGCGACGCGAAGGGUAA